GGGAGAGAGUGUAAAAGUGGGAGAUGGAGUGUAACGAGUUGGCUCUUAUUCGUUUGAUUUGAUUUGAACCCGUUCAGGAUACGUUUUGUUGGACAAUAUUUGGCGUUAUUCUGCCGGGAUCACGACGAAAGCAGCAGUAGCGGCGAUGCAGCGCGAGGAGGUGUCCGCGAGAGAGGAGUUCACCUACAGCCACAUGUCCUCGCUGGAAAGAGGUGGCGGCUCACUGGGGAGGAAAGGGAGCAGAGGAUUGGACAGGAGGGAGCAAGAAGGCUCAGAGCGGGACAGCUACACUGUGGACGUGAGGGCCAGUGACCUGCAGCUGGCCCAGCCGGAGCCUCUAAAGCACCCCUGCUUCAGCUACAGGGCCUGGCUCUACAGCGUCCUGAUAGGGGGCAGUCUUCUCAUCACUUCUGGAUUCUCUCUGUACCUGGGCAAUCUCUUUCCUGUUGCCAUGGACUACCUACGCUGCGCUGCAGGCUCUGGCAUUCCGGCCGCCAUAGCGAGCUUUGCCAUUGCCAAAAACAAACGUGUUGCGGUGUCAGAUUUCCAGGUGAUCUAUGUGUCCACCUUUGCAGUGACGACCACCUGCCUGGUUUGGUUUGGAUGUAAACUGGUCCUCAACCCUUCUGCUGUCAAUAUCAACUUUAACCUCAUCUUGAUGAUUUUACUGGAAGUGCUGAUGGCCACAGCUGUCAUCCUGUCAGCUCGCUCUACAGAGGACUGCUGCCGCCAUAGGAAGUCUGAAACAAACGAUCAAUCUUUGGUCUCAACUCCGCCGGUCUUCCCUACUCGUCUCCUCAAAGCGUACUCUGUGAUUGAAGUCAUCGUGGGAAUCUCUGCGGUCUUCGGAGGCAUCAUUGCACUCAACAUGGACGCUUUGCUUCCCGGACCCUACUUGUCCGUCACAUUUUUUUGGAUCCUUGUAGCUUGUUUUCCAAGUGCAAUUGCCAGUCAUGUUGUAUCCGAAUACCCCAACAAAUGUCUGGUGGAGGUGCUGAUCGCCAUCAGCAGCGUGACGUCUCCUCUGCUCUUUUCAGCGUCCGGCUUCCUCUCUUGCAGUGUGAUCAGCUUUAUUGACAUUUUCCUGCACGAUGUGCCCACUGCCAAGCAAUCCUACGACAUCUUGUUGCUGAUCCUGCUGGUGUUACUGCUGGUGCAGGCAGUUUUAAACGCAGCCACCGUGGUGCACUGUGCCUCCUACAAGAGUCGGCUCCGCACCAGGGUAACACAACCCUGUGACAACAGAAUGGGAACCUCCAGCCAGUACUGUGAGCAAUCAUCCAAUGGAGUGCUACAGAAUUUCAACAAAGACAGAGCAAGGAAGGCCGUUAUGGUGCAAAUGACUCAAUGAACCCUUCUAUAAAAAAGACAACUUUGCUUGUAAAUAAAAUGUGGGACGUAGAUUAAAAAAAUGUAUUCGUCUUGCAAACGGUAUUAAAUCUGUUCAAUUAGAAGAUAGCAAUUGAAUGGGUGAACAUUUUUAGCUCAACAGUGGUACCUCGGUUUUGGUACACCCCACUCUUAAGUGAUUAUGCUGAAUCGAGUGCCCAAACAAAGAGUCUCACGUGUUAGUGACUCAGUCUGUGCUUUUUUUUGGGUACGACUGCAAAAAAUGACAAUGUGGGGCCCAAGAAAGUUGCAAGUGUCAGCACUUCUGAAUUCAAAGUAUGAAGUCAUCAGUCAAUUCAAAAGUGAUGUUAACUGUUUGUUAAUACAAUUAAGUUUUCAUGUAUAUGUAUUUUGCAUUGAUUUCUGCAUGUAAAACUUUAAUUAUUUUCUAUCAAAUUUGUUUUGUUUCAAUAUUUUUGGGUGUCUGGAACAGAUUUAUUGGCUUUGCAUCAUUUUUUGGGGGGGGAAAUGGCUUCAUUUUUUUGUACGUUGAACAGUGCCAUGAUCCCACGUGACAGUUUGAACAUUAUUACUAGCUUUCUAUAUUUUAUAAUAUUUAUUGACCAACACCUUUAUUUUUUGUUCUACUUCUUGUCUGCCUUUGUUUCCCAGACACCUUACUUUUGGCUAGUGCACCUGCCCCCAGUUUGCAAUUAGGAUACUCACCUGCUGGCAAUCCCUAAUCAUUACUUGCACUUCGCCUGCCGUCUCCGCAUCCUGGGAUUGGAGACCAACACAGAAUGUAACAAACCGCUUAUUAAAGAUAACCGAGGUACCACUGCAGCAGUUGUUUUUUUUUGGAUUUUUUUUUUAUAGAUACACACCAAUUGUCUCUGCUGAAGUUUUAGUUUUUAUUUGUUGGCUUUUGCAUAGUAAGGAUCCAAUCCAAUUGUGUUUAAAUUGCAUCUUGAUCCAUUUAUUGUGUUGGAACAGCAGGGUUGUGUAUAAUAAAGACAGUUUGCACUUUUUAGAGAUCA